UUUAAAGCGGAGCCUGAAGUACUGAUAACUUUGAUUGCGGCCUUAACUUUAGCUGGUUUCAUCAAUCUGUCAAAUUUCAUUUUCAUUUUGUUUCAAAUUUCAGUCUAGGUUGUAAAAUGUAAAACGCGCUAAGAACGUGAUUUUUUAUUUUCUCAUUAUGUGAUAUCAAUUUUUUCAACUUAAUAUAAAGAAUUUGCUUAUUCGCGUUUAUUUGUGCAAACACCGAAUAUGGACACUGACAGUUAACAAGUGUACAUAAAAAAAACAAAAAAACAUUUUCUUGCAGUGACAAUAGAGAUAAAAUUCGAAGAAUAUUGUGAACGUGAAUCAACAGAAUAAAUGGCAUCGCAACAGACAGAUGGAGAAGACUGGGUGAAAUGCUCAUCUAAAAGUUAUCCUGGACGGCAUUAUCUGUUCAACAAAUCAACUGGAGAAAAAAAAUGGAUUAGUAAUGAAGUGACCGCCAAAAAUGAAGCAACGCCUAAAUUGCCCAGAAUAAAAACGCCAGCUCAAGAUCGUCUAAAACGGUUGCAAGCCAAUCUUAAAAUAAAUCAAUUAAAAUCUCCAGUUAAACCAAAUCGUUUUUCCCGAAAGUCCCUACAUAUUGAACUAAAUCCACAAGAAUCGUGUACGGGCGAAAUUAGCAGCAGAAACUCUUUACCUUCCAUUGUUGACAAAGAUGACGGAGAAGUCGUAAUAUCAACUCCGGUAAAACGGGACAAACGUAAAUCAUUGGUUGAAGAGCAUAUACCGAAAAAAAUGUUAAGAAACGCGGAGUCUGUAGCAAUUCCCGGAAUUCCCGAAACUUCGAAAAAUAAUGAAAUGAAAGCGCCGAAAAGUUUGAAUAAGAAAACCUGGUCGAACUUUACUACAAAUUUCGCAAAUAAAAUAAAAGAAUUUUACAAAAGACAAGUUGCUCCUAUUAUGGGUAAAACGACGGAGUCAGGAAAGAGUAUUGGGAAAGACAGAGAAUUGUCAAAAGACACAAAGGAAACUGUGAACGCUUUAAAGGAUUUGAAUGCAAUAAAAUCUACAAAAUCUUUAGGUGAACUACGUAGCCCUACAGACGUUGUCGGCUAUAAAAAAGGAACGGCCAAUAAACGUUUGAAAUGUUUACGUGAAACGUUGCAACGGCGGGCAUCAAGUGAAACUGAACUAGACGUGCUAUCAUCCUCCGGCUCUCCCCUAAAAAAUCAUACUGAAAGCAAUGAUUUUCCCACCAAUGUAAUAAUAUCAACAUAUGACGAACCUAUGGACUGGGAUCCCGUGGAUAUCGCAGAACCCAAAGAGACAUCCGUCACCAGAAGAAGUUUGCCGGCUUUAUCUAAACAAAGAUCUCAAAAUAUCGCUAAUUCGAAGUAUGAGUCCAUAGGAGACAUUUAUGAUGCUGUUAACGAAAAUCUUUUGCGCAUCUCUGCUGAAAAGAACAAUGACGGGAUAAAUAACAAUAGCAGAUGGCUUCACCAAUAUUAUUAUUUUAUAUUGGACACAAAUGUGCUCUUACAGAAUUUAUCCUUCGUUGAAGAUCUUAGCAAUUUCAAAUUAUGUGAUACCGAAGGCACAGUCUUGUUUAUCCCUUACUGUGUUUUACAGGAAUUAGAUAGAUUAAAGCACAGGUCUGGCAGUCAAGAAGGGGUGAAAACUUUGGCAAUACGUGCCAUCAAAUAUUUGAAUGAAAAAUUUGAAAGUAAAUCACUACAUCUACAAGCGCAAAAUGCUAUCGAUGAGCGUAAGCAUUUAAUAGACGUCUCUUCACCCGACGAUAGUAUUAUCAACACGUGCUUACAAGUGAAGAAGCAUAUAAAAAAUGUCCUGUUUUUAACCGAAGAUGUCAACUUACGAAACAAAUCAAUAUGCAAUAAUAUUCUAGUGUCUACAAAAUCCGACUUAUUAACUAAGCAUUACAAUAUCACGCCCUAUAAUAACAAAUCAUGACGAUUAUUUUGCUCAUGUAAAUGUAUGUAAACACCUUAAUAUAUUUCCUUCUUGA